AUGUAUUAUGUCAUAAGUAUUUUUCCCCGGGAGAGGGGGAAGGGGGGGGGGAAGCUGAAUUUAAAAUAACAGAAAUUCUUAUUCAAACUGAAAUAGGAAGCUUGAGACGAGAAUUAAAAAGUGAAAUUUUGUACAGUAACGUCUAAACUAGUAACGUUUGCGUGUAAUGUUACCAUACGAUCUCUGCAAAAGGUUAUUAAAAAAGAUUUAAUAUCUUUUCAGCUCUUUUUGAUAAAUCUGUCAACUCACGACGGGCCAAAUAUCGAAACCAAAUAUCUUCUCGUCGUAGGAAUCAAGAACGAAACGAAUUGUUGCAAUUUUCUAUUGCAAAAUUUAAAAAUCAUGGAUCGCAUACAGAACAAAAGUUUCCUGGUUACCGGCGGGGGUAAUGGGCUCGGUCUAGUCUUUGUUCAACGGUUCUUGCAGGACGGUGCGAAGAUUGUCGUUAUCGUCGACUUAGAAAGCAAGUCCAUAGCGGUCAGAGUAAACGAGCUGGAAAGAGAAUUCGGAAAGGGACGCAUUGUAUAUCUCCAUUGCGAUGUGAGCAAUGUUCAACAAAUGGAAGAAACCUUCGCAAAGAUCUGGAACACUCUGAAUGGCGUCGAUGUUGUCAUUAACAAUGCCGGUAUACUUAAUGACUGGAAAUGGGAGCAAACGAUUGGUGUGAAUGUUAACGGCGUAGUCCAAGGAUCACUGCUCGCCCUGAAAUAUAUGGGGAAGCACAACGGUGGCAAAGGUGGCACCAUAGUAAACAUCUCGUCCAUCGCGGGCCUUGAUGUUUAUCCUACUUUGCCUGUUUAUUGUUCCAGCAAACACGCUGUAUUGGCAUUCAGUCGUUGCCUACAGGAGAACUUCGAGAAAACUGGGGUCCGUGUUCUCGUGCUGUGCCCUGGAGUCACGAGAACGAGUUUAAUCGAUGAUCUAGAGGAGAAAAGUUUGGACCUCGUUGAUGAAAAACAUUUCGAAAACUUUGAGGACAGAAAUCCAAAACAAUCAACGGAAUACGUUGUCAAAGCGAUGAUAAAGCUCCUUUUGAAAGGCCCGAAUGGAUCAGUCUGGGUCAGUGAGGCUCAGAAACCACCGUACGCCGUCGAAUUCCCUCCUUACAGAAAAGUAAUAGCAAUGAUUGAUAUCGAGGAGGUAGCUGGCAAAGAAGCGAUGAACGUAUUGAACGCGGAAUUUGGCCGCAAUCGGGCUGUAUUCUUUCACUGCGACGUCGCGAACAAUGCCGAAUUCGAUAAUACGUUCAAAAAAGCAGUGAAGACACUCGGCGGCCUCGAGAUCCUAGUGAACAAUGUUGGUGUCAUCAACGAAAACGAUUUCGGGAAAGCCAUCGACGUGAACGUGGUAAGCAAAAUAUUCAACGUAUAAAAUAUUGAAUGUUAUUAGAGUCAAGAAACCGAAUCAGAAAUCCAGAGAAAUCAAGAAAUGAAUAGAUAG